GGGUCCUGUGGGAGUUUGCAGGGUCUAAAAGUGAGGGGGAAACUACAAAGCAAGUUUUCUUCUCAUACUGGAUGACUUCUUCCAUCCUGAACUUUUAGCUGAAUAUGUUUAAAUUGUACAAUGGAGAGUUCUUCUCUGGAAAUUGACUUACUUGAUACCAAUGAAGAAGGAAAACUUUAUGUGGUUGAUUCCUUAAACAACCUAAACAAACUGCAUCUAUGUUCCGAUGGAUCUCAAGACCUGUUAACAGCCCAGGAGGAAGAGAACACUGGCGGUUUGAUGACAUGGAGCAGCAUAAAUUGCCAACAUUUGUUCUUCGUCACACUGAUCAUUAUUUUGAUUGUCAGUUUGGCGCUUGUUUCAUUUGUAGUAUUCUUAACAAUUCACACUGGCAACAAGAUGGAUGAAGUGACAAGCAGACUAGCAUUUGAAAGGAAGAACACAGAAGAUCUUAAGAAUAUAAACAAUAUCAUAUUAAAGCAUCUAAACCAAUCAGGAAUUAUGGAGAAGGAAGAAAAUCUCUUCACAGGUCAAACACCAUCCACUCCUUAUCUUCGUAACUAUUUAUUUCCCCAUUCAAAGCUGGAUGCAACAGUGCAGUAGAUCCCCUGUGCAAUGAAAACUGUUCUCUGUCUAUUCAUUUCCUUUCAACUGUAUUCCCAUGUAACCAGGUGGAUUAUUUAAUUCAGAUUUAGCAGGUGCCAUAACAACACUUGAAAAGCAACCUGAAGAAAAUGGAGCUAUUAACACUGCACAGAUUUACAUCCACCUAGCUUGAAUAUAUGGAUGAUACCACACAUUUAGCUCUGGCCUUUGACUCUGAAAUGCUUCACUACGGCCCCUCUCCUGCAAAUAGCUCUCUAUGUGAGCAAAGUAUCUUGCAGGAUCUGGGCCCAAAUUUCUAAUAGCUUCUAAAUUAGAAACAGAAAAUAGUACCUGAUUCUGGUUUGUGUGUGUAAAGUUCUACAGGAUUGGGCAAUUAGGCUUGGCUCCUGGAAUUUACAAUGAAAGGGGUGGACUGUCAAUGGGUCUCCACACAUAGGUGCCGACUCCGUGGGUGCUCCGGGGCUGGAGUGCACCCACGAAAAAAAAUUGGUGAGUGCUCAACCCUGCCCCAUCCCCCUGCUCCAGCUAACCUCUGCCUCCUCAGUGAGCGCGCCGCUGUGUCCUGCUUCUCCCCCUUCUCUCCCAGCGCUUGCGCUACGAAACAGCUGAUUUGUGGGUCA